GGAGUUUCAACCAGAUGCCAAUCAAUUGCUUUGGCAACCUUUUGCAGGCUGUUGUUUCCGCUUCUUCUGCCUGGGAGACGAAAGGAGAAAAGAGCUCAGGUAUAAAGGUAUUCUACCUUCCUCUGCAAGAUGAGCAUCCCCAACCCCUGGAAUCUGCACUUGGUCUCCCAUCCAAAGGCCAGCCGGGGCUGACCCUGCUUAGCAUCCAUGAAGAUGGACAAGGCCCUCUCUCGUUGCCACCAAGCGCUCCUGGCACUCCUGCCCAGCUGGAUCUCUCGUCCGGGUCCCAUCACAGCUGUGUUUCUCGCCAUGACUUUUUCUCUGCUGAUGUAUCCGUUGCUGAGGAUGAUGGGCCUCCAGCUCCACUCGGCACUGACCGGCAGCUACAUCUCUGGCUCCCAUUCCCUGGCUUUCAUCAGUUGCCCCAACGAACAAAUCGCUCGAGAGAUUGCCAGGGCCAUCAUGGAGAAACAAUUGGCUGCCAGUGUGGACAUCCUCCCGAGGGCUUCGACCAUGUAUGUUUGGAAAGGGGAGAUUGAAGAGUCGACGGAAAUACUCCUGCUACUCAGAACAAGGACAUCCAAAAUCAAGGAGUUGUCCGACUAUAUCAGGUCUGCUCAUCCUUUUGAAAUCCCCGAAUUGAUCAGUUUGCUCAUUGACCAGGGAAACCCAGCCCAUUUAAAAUGGAUAGAGGAGAGCAUCCCAUACGACUAGAUGCUACGAUCCGGAAGAGGUUUGGGCACCAUGUUCUUUUUUCACAAAGUGCAUCAAGAACUCAACCGAGAGCGGUUCUCCUUGCGAAUCAGAGUCAUAUUCGAAAACACAAGACGAAAGCCGGACUUGGAUGGAAACAUCUCAGGGAUGGUUGGCCUUUGCCUUUUGUAAGUAGCGGGAUUAGAAGCGGACCUUUGAACUCCUUUUCCGACGCUCAUGAUCAUCUUCCGUGGUUGUAUGAGAUAUCCCAAAAACCAAGGCUACAGAAGAUAGGUAGCCAUGGAGGCUAAGGGACCAAAUACAAUAUAUAGAGAAAUGA